GUUAGACAUGCGCGUAUAUAAGGAAGGACAAUAUUACAUCACAUUACUACCUACAGCGUCUGCGCCAAGCUUGAACUUGAACAGCAGCCACCGGUAAUCCUCCUCUACUAUCCAGAUAAUGUCGUCCAUUGCCGCCGCCAGUGUUGAGACCCCUGCUGUUGAGGUCACUGAGAAGAAGCCUCUGAAGGCUUGCUGUGCCUGCCCAGAGACCAAAAAAGUCAGGGAUGCCUGUAUCAUUGAACGGGGAGAGGAGCAGUGCUCGUCCCUCAUUGAGGAACAUAAAGUAUGCAUGAGGUCUCUGGGUUUCAAGAUUUAACUACUUUGUGUAUAUGAUUGCUGGCGUGACUGGAGGAUCUGGAUGUUAUUUAUCAUGGAAAGGGAAACUUGUCGAACACUGAGGGUUUUGGGGGUGAGGUGGGAUGUUUUGUUGAACAUUUUAUAAAGUAUGACUGCACUGAUUGGUAUUUAAUAAAACUAUA